AAGUCAAGGUGGAAUGCACAGAGGCGGACUGAUGUAUUCGUCCUUCAGCUUGCUUUGUCUUCGUUGAUCUGGAAUUCUGCUCAUCAAUAAGCGGACGAAUCCCCGAUGAAUGUAUCUAUGGUGGCAAGGUACUGUCUUAAGUCUCAUGCCACAAGUACUGUCCUUUGACGCUGAUCACCGCCAAUCAAGAAAGGAAGGUUUAUGUUGCUGUCUAGCUGACUGACUCGAGUCCGCUGACAAUUGGCAUGUCGCACUGUGCUCACUAGCAGUCUCAUGGUCAACGGCUAGAUGUCUUACAUAGGCGAUUCUGCAUUCGGGUCCAGAAGAUCUGGUGAAGCGCCUCGAACAGGGCAUGGCCGGCGAGCAGUCAGAUGCUGCAGGGCGUAUGAAUGAUCGCUGUAAUCGCCUAAGAGAUGAAGUGUUGGCUCUUUCUGGGGGUUGGCUCGGGGAAGGAGUCAUUCUCAUCUCUGAUCUUCUGGGUGUCUGGGACAUCUUUGUCCUCUCAGCUAUCUUUGUCUUAUCCUGGGUUAUCAUGCGAACCGCAAUGAAGGAGAUCACCUUGUGCAUUGGCUUGGUCUUUGACCUCGGUAUACCACUGCAAUAUGUUUGCGACGAUGUCUCCGCGGCCUUUCACAAGCCCCAUUUGGAGCGUUAUUGGCCCAUCUUCGUCAUUGGGUCUCUCCUUGAGGUGGCCAUGUUCUUCAUCUCUCAUCCCGACCUGUUCACCCUUGUGGUGUGCCUGAAAACACUAGCUUGCACUUUUUUUUGGCUUAGUAGGCGCCCAAGUGGAGAAAAAAUCACUUUGGGUUCCUCGAUAUCCCCGUCCGGGUCAUCGGUUCCGGCAGGCCCUCAAGCCCCUUCAGCCCCUAAGCCCUCUUCUAUUCCCUCAUCCACUUUUAUUGUGGACCCUAGGAUCCCAGACGCCGACGCAAGGCUUCAAGCCGCAGGCUAUACCGACCCGGACGCCCGUCGAGGCCUCAUCCUCAGUCUUAUCAACACCUCAAAUGACCAGCCUGACAGUCGGGCUGAGACAAAUCUCAGAAGAUGGACAAAAGAUAACGCACCGAAGCAAGUCGCAAAACGUACAGCGACGUAUAGUAAAAAAUGGAGAGAUCAUCUGGCAUCUUUGGGAACCCAGGCAGCAGCUUCAUCUGCAACGCCAAAUGCCAAAUACAGGAUAUCUAGCUCGCAACUCACUCCUCUCAAUGAGAGUCUCAGGACAAAGCUGGAUCGACCGACCAGACAAAAGCUAAUGGCCAUGUUGAAAUCGUCACGAUCGAAUGAGGAGACUGAACAGAUCUUGAAAGGCUUUGGCAAUGACGUCGGACACAGUCGAGGCUUAGGAGGUGAAGGAGGAGGCGGAGGAGCAAGAGCAUCUUCCAGUGGACAACCAUCUCGAUCUCGUCCGUCCCCUGCGCCGCCUCCUUCGGCACCUGGUACAAUUUCCGCGCAGUAUGUACUCGAUGCAGCACGAGCAGCGCUUGCGAGCAGCAAUGGUGAUCUCGCUCGAGAGGCGAUGCACAUAGCUGGUCCCGAAGGUCUAGGUCUGAAUAUCUACACUCAACGGUCGAUGGCGACGAGAAUCGGUCAACUUCCUCGAGAUAAAGCAAAAGCUACCAUCCAACAGUGGAGGCAGCUCGCGGCGAUGCCUAAUAACCAGCAAAAGAUCAAUGCGACCAUCGCUCUUACAAAACAGUUCGAUUUACCAGAAGCUGAAGAUUAUUACAGGAUGGGAAUAGCGGAGCGUGCUGCAGGGAAGCAGGCGAAAAAGGAAAGAACGAAGGCGAGGGAUCCUCCAUAGCCUAGAGCAUAUGGUGGAGUGGUGGUCUGACUCGAAGUCCAUCGAGGAUGCAUGAGCGAGUCCGGACCUUGCAUUGGCCAGGGUCAAAUAUCAUU